AUGGGAACACCUAUUUACAGUGAAAAACAACCACUAAUAACAGACAAACAAGGAAAGGAUUUAUUUUUAGACUUUGACAAAGUAAUUGAACUAAAUCAUGUGAUGAGACAAUCAGAUGCAAGUUUUUUGAACCUCCUUGACAAUAUCAGCACUGGGAAUAUUACAGAAGAGGAUUAUAGAAAAAUAAGUACAAGAUUUAAGUUAAAUGUUCCAAGUUAUGAAAGAAAUGAAUAUCACCAAGCCAUUCAUUUAUUUUCUGAGAAGAAAGAAGUUUAUGUAUACAAUUAUGCAAAAUUAGCUUCAAUGAAAAUACCAGGAACAAAUAAUUUAGAAGCAGUAGCAAAAAUUCCUGCACAACAUAAUAACCGAACAGCUGAAAAUGGAACACAAGAGCAAGCUAAAGGAUUACAGAAUUGCAUUCAUCUAUUCGGGACAGUAGUUGAUAUUUUAUAUGCAGAGGAAAAAUCAUCACCUCAAGAUGCACCAUUUGCCAUAAUCUGUAAUUUCAAAUCAUACAAAGGCCCUUAUUUGGAUCCAGAAACCAAAACAGUACCAAUUGCUGCACUGCAUAAGUCUUGGCUUGGGAAAGGAAAUAUUAAUUGCACAAGACAGCAAUUUCCAUUAAAAUUGGCAUAUGCAAUUACUAUUCACAAAUCACAAGGACUCACACUAGACAAGAUGAGUUACCGAGAAAAGUUGGCCAAGUUAAAUGAUCGAACAUCAUGUUCGUCCAGAAGCACUUCCUAA